AGCUUAUCUGUAAGGGAGAACGCCAGUCCUUGUUUUAUGGAACAGACACAUUGAGUACUAACAGUAUGUUGUGGAAGAUCCUGUACUUAGUUGUGCUUCUGGCUGCGUGCUCGUCUCAGCUGUCGGUGGAAGAGCCCCAUGACGAACUGUUCCGCUACUACGACAAAAACAACGACACCAGGCUCACCGCCUCAGAAUGUCAGAACUUCUGGUUACAUUUCGACGGCGAUGGAGACCACGUGAUCGGUAAACUUGAGUUCGAAUUAAAAUGGACGUUCCUGAAUUUGCGUUUUGCACACUACACGCCCCUGUUCUUCCGCCAUUUGGACACCAACUUCGACGCCCAGAUUGAUGCCAAGGAGGUUACCAGCUUCUGUAACUAUUUCGACGAUGACGAUGAUGGCCACAUCUCUCUGACAGAAUUCGACAUGAACUGGACUGGCCUAUUCACCUUCCCAACUGGUCACUAACUGACAUACCACUGAUGUGUUGAAAUAAAAUACUUGAAUCUUU